AUGUACAUGAGCUGCGGCGAUGUUGCCGAGGCGGAGGUGGUGCUUGGUGCGAUGCAGAACCGUUCGGUCGUGUCCUGGAAUGCGGUGAUUGCUGGGUGCGUCAAGAACGGCUGUGCAGAAAGGGCGUUGGAGGUGUUUGGCGAGAUGGUUGGUGAUGGUGCCGGGAUUGACCGUGCCACAAUUGUGUCUGUACUGCCAGCUUGUGCGCGAGCCAAGAAUUUGAGCAUUGGAAGAGCUGUGCACCGAUUGGUUGAGGAAAGAGGCUUGGCGGACUAUGCAGCGGUGAAGAACGCGCUGAUUGAUAUGUAUGGGAAGUGUGGGAGAUUGGAGGAUGCACGCAGGGUCUUCGAUGGACAUAAAUAUGACAAGAAUGUUGUUUCUUGGACAGUGAUGAUUGGUGCGUACGUGCUGAAUGACCGUGUGGACGAGGCCUUUAAUCUUGGUUUUGAUAUGCUCAUGACUGAUGGUGCACCAUGGCCGAAUGGAGUGACCAUGGCGUAUCUACUCUCAGCUUGUUCCAGCUUGCCAUCAUGGAGGCGUGCCAAGUGCAUACACGCAAUGUGCAUUAGACUUGGGCUUGAAUCAGACAUCGUUGUUGAGACUGCACUUAUUGACACUUACGCUAAGUGCCAUAAGGUGAAGAUGAUGGAGUUGACACUUAAAAAUGGCUCAUGGCGGACAGAAACAUGGAAUGCAGCUAUCUCUGGUUAUAGUCGCAGUGAACGGGAGAAGAAAGCUGUAGAAUUAUUUAAGCGGAUGAUUGGAGAAUCGGUGCGCCCAGACUCUGCAACACUUGCAAGCAUCCUCCCGGCGUAUGCAGAAUCUGCGGACCUGAGACAAGCAAAGAACAUCCACUGUUACUUGCUAACUCUUGGGUUUCUUCGGAGCACAGCGAUCAGAACUGGUUUAGUCGAUGUGUAUGCCAAGGCAGGUGACCUGGACAUGGCAUGGACACUCUUCGACGGGCUACCUGAAAAGGAUGUUGUUGCCUGGACCACCAUCCUUUCUGGGUACGGUAUGCACGGGCAUGCCCGAACUGCCAUCCUGCUAUAUGACCGGAUGGUGGAGUUGGGGGUGAAGCCGAACACCGUGACCUUCGCCUCCCUGCUGUACGCUUGCAGCCAUGCAGGCUGGAUAGACAAAGGCCUUCAGCUAUUUGAGGACAUGCGUGGCAUUCAUGGCGUGGUGCCAAAUAUCGAGCACUACCUGUCCCUGGUCGACAUGGUUGGGCGUGCUGGGAGGAUCAAGGAGGCCUACUGUCUCAUCAAAGAUAUGCCAUUCGAGCCGAGUACAUCGGUGUGGGGUGUUCUGCUGGGUGCUUGUGUUCUACACAAAAAUGUUGAGUUUGGGGAGAUUGCGGCGAAGCAUUUAUUUGAGCUUGAGCCGGACAACACCGGGAAUCAUGUGCUCCUUGGGAACAUAUAUGCUGCAGCUGACAGAUGGAACGAUGUUCAGGAUGUCUGGAAAAUGAUGGGAAGAAAGGGCCUCAUCAAAGAACCGGGAUCUAGUUUGGUCGAGUUCAGGCCUUCAAAUCUUGCCCCCGCUUGCGGCUGCACAUCCCCCCUCCCUUCCUUCCUCUUCCCCUCGCCACACCCCUGUUUGCUUCUCAACCCGAGAAAGGAAGGAAGGAAACAAGAGAAAGCAUCAACCAUGUCGAAUUCCGCGUCAGGAAUGGCCGUUUGCGACGACUGCAAACUCAAGUUCCAGGAACUCAAAGCGAAGAGGAGCUUCCGCUUCAUCGUGUUCAAGAUCAAUGAGAAGGUGCAGCAGGUGGUGGUGGACAGGGUUGGGGAAAAAAACGAGAGCUACGAUGAUUUCACAGCCUGCUUGCCCGCUGACGAGUGCCGCUACGCAGUGUUUGAUUUUGACUUCGUCACUGAUGAGAACUGCCAGAAGAGCAAGAUCUUCUUCAUCUCUUGCACAAAUCAGCGGUUACGGUCUGUACACAAAUUACAUGAACAUAGACCGUUUCUUCUAACAAGCUGCUUCCUGGUUUCAGUGCUCCGGAGUCUGUACAUAACGAAUUGGCUCCUGACACAUCAAGGGUGA